CGCGCUGCAAUAAAGCGGCGCCAUCCCGCAACCCAAUCCCCAGAAUAUGCCACGUCACACCUUCUCCCUCAUACCCCAGUCACCCUAUCAUUCCCCCUUCAUCCUCACCAACCCUAGUCUAAGCUAUAUAUAUCCCCAUCCGGUUACCAUCCUUUCUCUCUCUCCGUUUCUCUUUUCUCUUUUCUCUCCUUCUCUCUCUCUCCGUUUCUCUUUUCUCUUUUCUCUCCUUCUCUCUCUCUCCGUUUCUCUUUUCUCUUUUCUCUCCUUCUCUCAUCCGUUCCGUUCGUUUUUUCCCUCUGCAAAAUUCUCUUCCCGACCAACAAAACCCAGGCCCUCCAAAUUAGGGUUUCUCCCCGGGAAUGUGAUUCAGCGCGCGGCACGCAGAGCGAACAUCAAUGGCGGAGAAGACAUUCGGCGGCGUGAUAGGGUAUGCGCUGGCACCGAAGAAGCAGAACAGCUUUAUCCGCGACUCAUUGGUGAGUCUAGCGAAAUCGCGAGGGAUCGAACUCGUUCGUGUGGACUCGGACAAGCCCCUCGCGGAUCAGGGCCCCUUCGAUUGCGUCCUCCACAAGCUCUACGGCGACGAUUGGAAACGCCAACUUCGAGAAUUCCAGUCUCGCUUCCCAAAUGCGGUUAUCCUCGACGCGCCCGAAGCGAUCGAGCGCCUCCACAACCGAAUCUCGAUGCUGCAGGUCGUGUCGGAGCUCCGAAUCCAGGACCGAACCGAGACCUUUGGGAUCCCAAAACAGAUUGUGAUAUACGACAAGGCCACGCUAAUGGACCCCCAGGCCGGGGAUAGCCUCAAGUUUCCGGUGAUUGCGAAGCCGCUUGUGGCCGACGGCAGUGCCAAGUCGCACAAGAUGGCGCUUGUGUUCACGCGCGACGCGCUCGAUAAGCUGAAGCCCCCGAUCGUGCUGCAGGAGUUUGUCAACCACGGCGGCGUGAUCUUCAAGGUUUACGUGGUGGGCGAGCACGUGCGGUGCGUGAAGCGCAAGUCCCUACCCGAUGUGUCGGAGGAGAAGACGGUGGGCGUUUCGGAGAACCUUCUGUCGUUUUCGCAGGUCUCCAACCUGGCUAACCACGACGUUGAAAACGACAGCGAUGGCUAUUACCGGCUGAUGCAUUUGGAGGACACCGAGAUGCCCCCAAAUGCCUUUGUCGUCGACAUCGCUAGGGGCCUCAGGCGGGCCCUUAAGUUGAACCUCUUCAAUUUCGACGUCAUAAGGGACGCUCGAUAUGGCAAUCGAUAUCUCAUCAUUGAUAUCAAUUAUUUCCCUGGCUACGCCAAAAUGCCUGGAUACGAGGCCGUUUUGACCCAGUUUUUCUGCGACGUCAUGUUGAAGAAAGAGCAAGAAGAACAACAGGGGGAGGAUCACGAUCCCGUUUCUACCAAGGACAAUGAGGAAUCUUUUCAGUUUUGAAAAUUAAAAUUCAAAAAAAUCCCUAAUGUCUCUGUUCAGAGGGAUUUUUUGGAAUCUACACGUAGUAUUGCUAUAGAUGCUAUGCAGCCUGCAAUUUGGUCUGCUACACUAAACAACUCUUCCACAGCCGACCCUGUAGUAGGCAGGUAUGUCUCUGUUCAGAGGGAUUUUUUGGAAUCUACAGUGUUGCUAUAGACGCUAUCCAGCCUGCAAUUUGGUAUGCUUCGGCUUCUAAACUAGCAAUUUGGUAUGCUUCGGCUUCUAAACUAAACAGCUCUUCCGCAGCGGUCCCUGUAGUAGGAAGGGGUUUUCCCAGUGCUGCACUAAUAUAACAGCUAUAUAUAUAUAUAUAUAUAUAUAUAUAUAUAUAUAUAUAUAUAUAUAUUCCAGGCUUCUACUGAAAUUUGACUUGCUGGUGUAACAUCUCUGUCAUCACUAUAAUCAAGAGAUAGUGAUUUUUUAUUUAUUUAAUUUGUAUUCAGUUUGUGGCACAAUUUGGUAGGUUUUAUAUGUUCACGAAUUUUACUAUAUGCAUGACUAUCUCAAGAAAAACAUGCAUGUGUUACAGUACAACAGUUUCAUUCAAAGAUAUUCC